UUCAUUCAAGAACAAAUAAUGCAAUAUGCAAACUCCAAAAGAAUUGAGAAACUAAUCCUACAGAAAGGAGAUAAAGUCUAUCUACUUCGGAAAAACAUCAAAACAAUCAAAUCCAGCAGCAAGCUCAAUCAUAAGAAGUUAGGAUUAUUCAAAAUUUUGCAAUAG